CCUGGCUUGCCCAGCUCCUUUCACUCGGGCCAGCACAAGUGCAAGGGCAGCUCCUUACCGCGAAGCCGGGACUAGCCCCGCGGUCGGCGCGGUCCCCGGCCAUGGGCGCCGGGCUUCUCUCGCCACCGCCGCUGCUAGGGAUGCUGAUGGUGCUGCCGACGCUGAUUCUAGGGCCAGUGGUCAGUGCCUCAGAAGCCGAGCACCGCCUGUUCCAGUACCUGCUGGACGAUUACAAUGAGAUCAUCCGGCCUGUGGCCAACGUGUCCAACCCAGUCAUCAUCCACUUUGAGGUGUCCAUGUCUCAGCUGGUGAAGGUGGAUGAAGUAAACCAGAUCAUGGAGACCAACCUGUGGCUCAAACAAAUCUGGAAUGACUACAGGCUGAAGUGGAAGCCCUCUGACUACCAAGGGGUGGAGUUCAUGCGGGUCCCUGCAGAGAAGAUCUGGAAGCCAGACAUUGUGCUAUAUAACAAUGCUGAUGGGAAUUUCCAGGUGGAUGACAAAACCAAAGCCCUACUCAAGCAUACAGGGGAAGUGACUUGGAUCCCCCCAGCCAUCUUUAAGAGCUCAUGCAAAAUUGACGUGACCUACUUCCCUUUUGACUACCAAAACUGCACCAUGAAGUUUGGCUCCUGGUCCUAUGACAAGGCAAAGAUCGACCUGGUCCUGAUUGGCUCCUCAAUGAACCUCAAGGACUACUGGGAAAGUGGCGAGUGGGCCAUCAUCAAAGCCCCAGGCUACAAACAUGACAUCAAAUACAACUGCUGUGAGGAGAUUUACACUGACAUCACGUACUCGCUGUAUAUUCGCCGCCUGCCCCUUUUCUACACCAUCAACCUCAUCAUCCCCUGCCUGCUCAUCUCCUUCCUCACCGUGCUGGUCUUCUACCUGCCCUCUGACUGUGGCGAGAAGGUGACACUCUGCAUCUCUGUGCUUCUCUCUCUGACAGUGUUUCUCCUGGUGAUCACUGAGACCAUUCCAUCCACCUCCCUGGUCAUCCCCCUGAUUGGGGAGUACCUCCUCUUCACCAUGAUUUUUGUCACCUUAUCCAUCGUCAUCACGGUCUUCGUGCUCAAUGUGCACUACAGAACUCCAACCACGCACACAAUGCCCAUGUGGGUCAAGGCUGUGUUCUUGAACCUGCUCCCCAGGGUCAUGUUCAUGACCAGGCCAGCCAGCAGUGAGGGAGAGUCUCAGAAGCAAAGGCCACUCUACAAUGCUGAGCUCUCCAAUCUGAACUGCUUCAGCCGUGCGGACUCCAAAGGCUGCAAGGAAGGCUACCCCUGCCAGGACGGGACAUGUGGCUACUGCCACCACCGCAGGGUAAAAAUCUCAAAUUUCAGUGCCAACCUCACAAGAAGCUCUAGUUCUGAGUCUGUCGAUGCUGUAUUGUCCCUUUCUGCUCUGUCGCCAGAAAUCAAAGAAGCCAUCCAAAGUGUAAAGUAUAUCGCUGAAAAUAUGAAAGCACAGAAUGUAGCCAAAGAGAUUCAAGAUGACUGGAAGUAUGUCGCCAUGGUGAUUGACCGAAUCUUUCUGUGGGUUUUCAUCCUGGUGUGCAUUUUAGGGACAGCAGGGUUGUUUCUGCAGCCCUUGAUGACCAGAGAUGACACCUAAGUUCUGGACUGUAUUUGCUUGAGGCUCACUGUUUAGGAGCCUGGGAAGUCCAAGAUCAAGUUGCCAGCAGGAGUUGGCGUUUGGGGAGGACUCUUCAUAAGGACAACUUCCAGUGUGUCUUCACCCGGCUGAAAGGUCUGCACUCUCUGGAGUCUUUCAUUAGGGCACUAAUUCCCUCAUGAUCUACUCACCUCCCAAAGGACCCCCAUUAACACUAUUGCAUACUAAGUUUCACCAUAUGAAUUGUCAGGAGCCACAUUCAGACCACAGGAUGAACCUUCAGAACAGAGCUUCUCCACCUCAGCACUAGCAAUGUUUUGGGCUCCGUAGUUAUGCUGGGGAUGGGAGACAUAGAACCCUUAACAGCUCUAUAGGCUCUGUCCACGAAAUGCCAAUGACAAGCCCCCCUCCUUCAGCUGGGAACAUGGCAGGACAUUAUCAGAUAUUGUCUCAGGGGUAAAACUGGUUCUGGUUGAGAAACAUUGCUUUAAACAAAUUGAAUUCCCCGUAUUAAACUUCUGAACAACCGAUAGAACGAUUCUGAGAUUUGAAUUUUCUCACUAGUUGUAGCUUUUCUCUACAAAAAUAAAA